AUGGCAAGAUAUUAUAAGAGUGUUUACCCGACAGUGAUAACUGUUUUGUUUAUAGUCAGUGUGGUUCGAAUCAAUAUUGAGAGGGAACACGUCAAUGGAGGUUUUGUGCAUUACGACGAUAUUCAACGAGAUGAAAUCAGUUCCGAACAGAAUGCAACGGUCAUCGGGUGUAAUUUUUGUCGCUAUGACGUGCCAGCUGUGUCGAACGACUAUAAGCAGAAAUAUUUGAAAUUACGUGAAAGGGAGUACAACGAAACAAUCGUGAUUCUUACGCCUUUAAGGGAUACGGCGAAGUUUUUGGAACAUUUUGGAACCAUGUUAAACACCCUCAGCUACCCCCACGAUCUUAUCAGUGUCUUCUUUGCGGAAGAAGGAAGUUCAGACAAUACGUUUGAAAGUGCAAAGGCUCUGACGCUCCAAUUGAAUAAGUAUUUUGGUUUCAAAGAGGCACAGGUAAAUCAGCGAGAACGCCGAACCCACCUUUCACGAGUGCGGAACGCGUUGCUGGACUACGGAAUGCGAGACAACGACUGGGUUCUCUGGAUCGAUAGUGACAUUGAAAACGUCCCAACAGAUCUCAUACAACAAUUCCUGAACGUCAGCACAGACGUAAUGACCGUCGCCUGCCUUGUUAAGAAAAACGGUCACACGAUGAAUUACGAUUUCAACACUCGUCGGUUUGGUGACGAAAAAUGUGGCGACUAUUGUUUACCAUUCUUGCGCCACGAGGGCCGUGUGGUUAGGUUGGACAUUGUGGGUACUAGCGUCCUCAUGGUGCGCAGCGACGUCCACCGAAAGGUCCGCUUCCCCGAGGUUCGUGAACGCCUUGAAAGUGAAGGGUUUGCGAUCAAUGCUAAGAAAAUGGGGUACGAAAUCGUGGGACUUCCGUUUGUAGAGGUUUAUCACUAUUUCGCAUGA